UCCACAACCGUCUCUUUCCUUUUUCUUCUUCCUCCCUAUAAUAACUAUCUCUACCCACAAAAGCCAGAGACACCCACCAUUGGUGUUCCACAUUCACUCUCUCCCAAAACCCAUCCCGGGUCGGACCUCAACAGAAAAACCCAAAACCCGUUUCGGGGAUUUUGGCUUUGGAUUUCGGGUUUGAUUUUUCCUCUCUCUCAGAGAGAGAGGCGAAAUCUAAAUCAGCAAUGCUCUCAUUCCGGCUAUACGCCGCCGUUUCGUUCCUCUUCAGUGUCUCCCUCCUCUUCCCUCCCUUUUGCAUUGGGAUUCGCUCCUUCCCGACCCGCGCCAUCGACGCCUCCGGAGACGGCGCUUCCGCGGCCUGGUCGCGAUUCUCCGAGGCGCCGGAUUAUCGUAACGGAGAGGAAUGCGCCACGUCGUUUAACCGCGAGAUGGUGUCCUCGUGCGACGCGUCGUUGGUCCACAUCGCGAUGACUCUUGACUCGGAGUAUCUCCGGGGCUCCGUCGCCGCCGUCCACUCGGUUCUGAAGCACGCUUCUUGCCCCGAAAACGUGUUCUUUCACUUCAUCGCGGCCGAGUUCGACCCGGCCAGCCCUCGGGUCCUGACCCAACUCGUCCGAUCCACUUUUCCCUCCCUCAAUUUCAAGGUCUAUAUUUUCCGGGAAGACACCGUCAUCAACCUAAUCUCCACUUCAAUCCGGGUCGCCCUGGAAAACCCGCUUAACUACGCCCGGAACUACUUGGGCGACAUAUUGGGCCGGUGCGUGGAGCGGGUCAUCUACUUGGACUCCGACGUCCUCGUAGUCGACGACAUUCACAAGCUCUGGAAUAUCUCCCUAACCGGGUCGCGGGUCAUCGGAGCCCCGGAGUACUGCCACGCCAACUUCACCAAGUACUUCACCGACGGGUUCUGGUCGGACCCGGUUCUCUCCCGGGUCUUCGCGACCCGGAACCCCUGCUACUUCAACACCGGCGUCAUGGUCAUGGACCUAGUCCGAUGGCGGGAAGGAAACUUCCGGAAGAAGAUCGAGAACUGGAUGGAGUUGCAGAGGAAGCGAAGGAUUUACGAUCUGGGUUCUCUCCCGCCGUUUUUGCUUGUCUUUGCCGGAAAUGUGGAGGCCAUAGAUCACCGGUGGAACCAGCACGGCCUCGGCGGCGACAAUGUCAGAGGCAGCUGCCGGUCUCUGCAUCCUGGGCCGGUUUCUUUACUCCAUUGGAGCGGAAAAGGCAAGCCGUGGGUGAGACUGGAGUCGAAGAAGGCUUGCCCUCUGGACCAUGUUUGGGAGCCUUAUGAUCUCUACAAGCACCGCAACGUUGCAAAGUAUCAGUCUUUUUCAUCAAUUUCUGCUUCUACAUUGAUUGGGUUUUCGACCUAUUUGUCUUGAUGAUGAUCGUAGUUGUUACUUGUUUGUUGUUAUGAUUCUUUUUUCUUCUUUUUUUUUCUCUAAUUUUUUGGAUACAUUUGUUCAGUGAUUCUUUUGAUAGAUUCAUGUACAGAUUAUUAAUCGGGUUUUUUAGGGGGAGGGGGAGGAGGAGAGAAAAUUCAUGGGGGUUAUGAUGAAAUUCGUUUUACAUUUUGAUGAAUUUUCUUUUGUGCUAUGAGGGAUUUGAUUCAAUCCAGGGUUUUCCAAGCUUUUGGAACCAUUUUGGUGAAUUGGAUUUGAAUGUAAAAUCUGGGGUCUCCCUCAGGAUGACGAAUAUUAUCAUACUCUUCUUUGCUUCA